UAUGUCAACUUACUAGGACAUGAGCAUUGGUCCAACUUACCGGAACUUUAUGUAAUGAAAAAAAACAAAACUGACUAAAAAAAGAGGAUGUUUGGAAUUGGCAUGCUGGCAGCCAUACUGAUCAUGACCACCUGCUGUGGCCCAGUCUCACCCCUGCACGGACCACCGGCGACUACGGGCUCAGCCUUCUCGGCCACGCGCACCAACAGCAUAGUCGGCGACAAGCAGAGCGUGGUGACUUUCAACAAACUGACCGUCAACAUCGGGAGGGAUUUCAACCCGGACAGCGGCUACUUUCGCUGCCGCGUCCCGGGAGCCUACUAUUUCUCCUUCUCCGUGGGGAAAUUCCCCAAGAAAAUGCUGUCUGUCAUCCUGGUGAAGAACGGGCAGGAGGUGCAGGCCAUAGCGUACGACGACUACCGCAGGAAGGGCCGGAAAGUUGAAAGUCAGAGUGUCAUGAUCCCGCUGGAGCAGAUGGACACAGUGUGGUUGCUGCUGCAGCGCAGUUCUCAGUAUGCUCUCUACAGCAAUGCCGGCCCUUACAUCACCUUCUCGGGUUACCUCGUCUAUCCUGACCUUUCUUCCAGCACCUACAUCAGCAACCACCUGACUCCUCACUCCGACUGCCCCCCUCAGGCCGGGUCCUGGGCACAGCAGCCACGAUCCGCCUUCUCGGUGGCACGGACUACCCCGGUUAUAGGUCAGAGCAGCAAACAGAAGCUCAAGUCACCUUUGACCUUCGAUGUGGAAUACGUCAACAUCGGGGGGCAUUUUAACACAUCCUCGGGCAGGUUCACAUGCCGCUUCCCGGGGGCGUACUAUUUUGCUUUCACAGUGGGGAAGCACCCUCGCAAGGCCGUUUCUGUGAAGCUGAUGACCGGGACGGGCCAGGUGCAGGCCAUGGUGUUUGACGAGGACACGUCCAAGAGGCGGGAAAUGCAGAGUCAGAGCUUGCUGCUGUCCCUUCGCCAGGGCGACACUGUGUGGUUGUACAGUCAGCAGAACGAGCGCUAUGCGGUGUACAGCAACCAGGGCAGGUACAUCACCUUCUCUGGCUUCUUGGUCUAUCCUGCAGCCUCUCACUCAUACCACUAACACAGACUUAGAAGUGGUAUACACUUAAUGGGGACUUUUCCUGCAUAGAGAAGUGUAUAAACAUAAAGUGUUUACUUUUUUUUUUACAAACCAAAGAUCAUUUUAUGUGUCUGGUGCAUUGUCGUGUAUGUCCACAAGGUGGUAAUCUGACACAAGUAAUCAAUUAGUGAUGUUUACACAUGCCAUGUUUGAAGUGAUGCAUUGUAAUGAGUCAUAGAAAAAAAAUACAAUUUGGAAAAAUAGAGCAUAAAGGCGCAUUGGUAAAGACAACACGCUGAAAUGUUGAUGUACUUAAAACUAAAAAUAACACAAAGAUUUGUCUUUAAGAAUGUACGAUAUGGAUACAAUAUUAUGUUUUUUUUUUAGCCUUUUAAUGAAAAUAUGCAUCAUAACAACAAGGGUAAUAUUUAAAAAAAAUUAUAUAUAUUGAUAGUCCAACUCAUACUGACUGGUAUACACAAAGUAUGGAGAUGAUAUCAGUAGAAAAACUGCCUUUAGUUUGGAUAAUAAUUACUGUAGUCAUAUAUUGGAAUAGGGCAGGGGUCGGCAACCCAAAAUGUUGAAAGAGCCAUAUUGGACCAAAAAUACAAAAAAAAAAUCCGUCUGGAGCCGCAAAAAAUUAAAAGCCAUAUUACAUACAGAUAGUGUGUCAUGAGAUGUGAAUUGAAUUAUGAGGACUUAAAGGAAGCUAAAUGAGCUCAAAUAUAGCUACAAAUGAAGCAUAAUGAUGGAAUAUGUACAUACAGCUAGCCUAAAUAGCAUGUUAGCAUCGAUUAGCUUGCAGUCAUGCAGGGACAAAACAUGUCUGAAUAGCACGCCACAUUAAUCAAUAACAUCAACAAAACUCACCUUUGUGCAUUCACACACAACAUUAAUAGUUUGGUCGACAAAAUGAGACAGAAAAAGAAGUGGUAUAAAACACGUCUUCGAAAGUCGGAGAAAGUUAUACAUGUAAACAAACUACGGUGGGUUCAAGGACCGCCAAAAUUAGUAGGACAAAACGGCGCUCACCAAAUACUUGAAUCCGUGAAGCAUGUUUAAUACAAACAGUGUGUUUUAUAACAAUUAGAGAGGUUUGUGUAAUGUUUGUCCUCCUAAAGAAACCAAAUUUAAACAAAAAAUGUUUUGUUCCACUCAUCUUUUUCCAUUUUCAUAUAUUUUUGAAAAAGCUCCAGAGAGCUACCAGGGCGGCGCUAAAGAGCCGCAUGCGCAGGUUGCCGACCCCUGGAAUAGGGGAUCCAUUAUUUAAAUUUGUUUUAACUAUUAAAUGAAACAAAAAUAUUUUAUCCUUGUGGAACAUAUUGGACACAGUUUGUUGUCAAAUUUAUGAGAUGCGAUGCAAGUGUAAGCCACUUUGACAAAUGUUUUUAUAAUAUAAAUGAGGGGUUUCUAAUCACUGCUAUGUUGGAUUUAUUAUUGAUAUUGAUACUUUUGUUGCUAUCAUUCAUUUUUGUUUGACUACUUUUGGAUUGUUUUGUGUCAUGUUUGUGUGUCCUCUCAAUUGUUCUGUUGAUUGCUACUCUGAACGUUGCUGGGAUAGGUUUGGUUGUGGAAUUGGAACUGUAUUAUUGUGUUUUAUUUUGUUGGACUGAUUAAUAAAAAUGAAAAAAUAAAUAAAAAGAGAAAAAUAAAAAUGAAAUAAAUACAAUAGUACCUUAUCUUGUGACCUUAAUUGGUUUUGUGAUGGAGCUCUUAACAUAAAACACGUGUCUCGUAUUGAAAUCAAUUUAAUUGGUGCUUGUCCCACCUACCACUUUUUUUUUCAACAUGUAACAUCCCUUUUGAAAAUAAAAACUAACUUUUUCAUAAGAAAUUA